GUCUCGCGCCCGCCGCCGCCUGCGCCAGCCGCACGGACCCAGGCUGCGGGGUCGCCAACGCCUGCGCGCCCGCGUGCCGGGGCUGCGGUGGGCCAGGAUGUCGGGCUUCCUGGAGGAGCUGCUCGGCGAGAAGCUGGUGACGGGCGGCGGCGAGGAGGUGGACGUGCACUCGCUGAGCUCCCGCGGCAUCUCGCUGCUCGGGCUCUACUUCGGCUGCAGCCUGAGCGCCCCCUGCGCGCAGCUCAGCGCCAGCCUGGCCGCCUUCUACGGCCGCCUGCGGGGGGACGCGGCGGCGGCGGCGGCGGCGGCGGCGGCGGGGCCGGGGGCCGGGGCCGGGCCGGGGCCGGGGGCCGGGGCCGCCGCCGAGCCCGAGCCGCGCCGCCGCCUGGAGAUCGUCUUCGUGUCCUCGGACCAGGACCAGCGGCAGUGGCAGGACUUCGUGCGGGACAUGCCGUGGCUGGCGCUGCCCUACAAGGAGAAGCACAGGAAGCUGAAACUGUGGAACAAAUAUCGAAUUUCCAACAUUCCAUCCCUCAUAUUCCUCGACGCCUCCACCGGGAAGGUGGUGUGCAGGAACGGUCUGCUGGUGAUCCGCGAUGACCCAGAAGGUCUGGAGUUUCCCUGGGGACCCAAACCCUUCCGGGAAGUCAUUGCGGGACCCCUGCUGAGGAGCACCGGGCAGUCCCUGGAGAGCUGCAGCCUGGAGGGCUCCCACGUGGGCGUCUAUUUCUCUGCACACUGGUGCCCCCCCUGCCGGAGCCUCACCCGCGUGCUGGUGGAAUCCUACCGGAAGAUCAAGGAGGCAGGCCAGAAGUUUGAGAUCAUCUUCGUGAGUGCAGACAGGUCCGAGGACUCGUUCAAGCAGUACUUCAGUGAGAUGCCCUGGCUUGCUGUGCCCUACACCGAUGAGGCCCGGCGCUCUCGCCUCAACAGGCUUUAUGGGAUCCAAGGCAUCCCCACCCUCAUCGUGCUGGACCCGCAGGGGGAGGUGAUCACGCGGCAGGGCCGGGUGGAGGUGCUCAACGACGAGGACUGCCGCGAGUUCCCCUGGCACCCCAAGCCCGUGCUGGAGCUCUCCGACUCCAACGCUGCGCAGCUCAACGAGGGCCCCUGCCUCGUCCUCUUCGUAGAUUCCGAGGAUGAUGGUGAGUCGGAGGCAGCCAAGCAGCUGAUCCAGCCCAUAGCUGAGAAGAUCAUCGCCAAGUACAAAGCCAAAGAGGAGGAGGCCCCGCUCCUGUUCUUCGUGGCUGGGGAGGACGACAUGACUGACUCCCUACGGGACUACACCAACCUGCCCGAGGCCGCGCCGCUGCUCACCAUCCUGGACAUGUCCGCCCGGGCCAAGUACGUGAUGGACGUGGAGGAGAUCACGCCCGCUGUCGUGGAGGCCUUUGUGAAUGACUUCCUAGCAGAAAAGCUCAAACCGGAGCCCAUCUAGGGCCGCUGCAGGCGCUAUUUAAAACUGUCUCCUCCCCCCUCUUCCUCCUCCUCUUCCUCCUCUCCCCCCCUUCCCUCCUCCCUGGGCCUUUUCCAGCGGGUCCUGAAUCACACAACCCAAGUGUCCGACUUCUCUGUGGUGCCUUGUUCUCUGCAUUAACUCCUCCACUAGCACCCCCUGGGCCGCGCCCCUUCUGAGCAGCAGAAGAACCCCCCCAUGUUUGGAGACUCAGCUUGGGACUUGGGGGGCUGCUGGAAUCGGGCCCGCGCUGCUCUGUCACGCCUGGUGCUCUGGCUCUGCCUCUGGCGUGGAGAGCUGGGGAAGGUCCGCAGCCUCGUCUGCGCGCCGCUGAGACCACCUUUCCUUGGCCUCCCGGGUGACGGGGUCUGGCUUGGCCUGAGCAGCCGGUUCCCAGGCGCCACGCCUCUGGGGAAGUGUGUGCCCUUCUCGGAGAAGAAAGGGUCUCGGGGCACGAUGCAGCCGGGAACAGCUUCCUGAGCCCCUGCCACGUGUUGUUUCUCGUCCCUUCCACCUCCUUCUCUCCCUCGCUCAUGACCUUCUCCAGGUUUCUGCCUCCUCAUACGAACAGCCCCUAGGGCCUUGGAAUUUGUGUUAAUAAAUUCUUCCCUCUGAUCCUCUCCCCAAGAAGAGGCACUCACCCCAGUUCUUAGAGGCGUUCCGCCUGCCCGCACUGGCCUCUGGCACCCCAGCUCUGGGCUCAGAAACCUGGAGCCCCGCCCGGUGUCUGCACCCACCUUUGGUACCCAGGUUGUCCUUUUUCUUUGCAAAAGAGACUAGGAAGAAAGCAGCGGCCUGGCGGUCCCCAGCACCUGCAGAGAGGGGUGAGGGCACUGGCCCCCAUCUACUCUGCCCAGCCCAGGGGUGGGGGGCUGCCAGCUGGGCAGCUGGUCCCAAAAGGCAGCAUCGAUCCUAGGCUGGGUAAGAGGGCUUGGCCUCAGGGCUGCAGUCUCUGCCUACCAGUCAGGCAUCCAGGUUUUACAACCACUCGAGGCCUCGCCACGGCCUCUUACAGGGCUCCCCCACCCGCUCCCCCCCACGCCCCCAUUAGCUGUUGACCCCAUUGCUCCUUGCUGAAUUGGAUGCUGACUUGUGGUUUGGAGGUUCAAGCCUGUUACUCGGUGCCACCAGCCGGAGCCCUGAGCAGCCACCCAGGGAGAAAUAAAGCGGCCCCUGGAGGCGCCCAGCACGCUUUGCCUCUCCUGUCCUCCAUCACAGAAAUCUGUUUCGCUCGUGGUGCGGAGCUGUGGGUGGCUCCUACAACGACGUCUGCUAGCCUCUCGUCACCAGGCACCCCUCAGCCCCGCCUGCACCGUCUCCUGCGGGGCUCUGCCAGGAGUCCAUGUGGCUGGGAACAAGAACACCCGCAAGGGCUCCCCUUAGGUCUGCAAACCUCGCCCUCUCCUGGGGCUUCUCUGGGGAGCCUGCAGGGUUCCCCUUGGGGUGGGGGAGGCAGAAAAGUGAACCAGUCUCCUGGCAGUUCAUUUUCUAGCCCCAAAGGAACAGCCCAGUCAAGUCACUGUGAGUUGCUCUAGCCCCGAGAUCAGGUCCUCCACGACCCUCGUUGGUUGGCCCAGGGUAGAACACUCGGCUAGCCUCAGCUCUCGACCAACUCUCCACGGAUCCUGGACCCUCCUACCCUCUUUCAUCUUGUUUUUGGGCCACACCCAGCAGUGCUCAGGGAUCAUUCCUGGUGGUCUCAGGGAAGCAUAUGGGGUUCCGGGGAUCAAACCCCAGUUGGCUCUUUGCAAGACUAGUGCUCUACCCACUGUACUAUCUCUCCAGCUCCUCCACCCUUUAGAAUUGAGGUAUAGUUAACAGUGAAGAAAGGUGGGACUGGAGUGAUAGUACAGCAGGUAGGGCGCUUGUACCCCAUAUGGUCCCCCCAGCCCCUCAGUAAGCCCUGAGCACCUCCGGGUGUCCCCCCACAAAAGAAACCUAUAGGAGCU